AUGACGUCAUCUGAAGCCACGUCAUCAUCACAAUUUGAGAGACGACAUAGAAGAGACUCAGACACGAUAGCUAUUGGGAAUCAAGCAACUGCCAACAAAACCGUCCGUUUUCCGUCAGCUCAAUUAACAAAUGAGGAUUUUGUGAGGAUAGACUCAUGGAGGCACGAUAGAGGAUCAGAAGAAAGAGAGUCCGGGGGAAAUUGGAAAACAUUUUUCCAACGCUGUGGAUGUAUAGAAUCCAUUCGACACUGGUCCAGAAGACGUCAAUUUUGUCUGGCAAGUCUUGUCAUUUUACUGCUAUUUUUUAUUGCUUCUGCAAUCGUUUUAUUGAUUUUGUUGCUGGUUAAUAGUGGUACCAGUAACCACAAUUACGACGUUCUGACGAGUCCAGUACCCCCACCAACACCACCGAAACCACCAACAGUAGCUCCAGAAUCUCCAUAUCUCUCAGCUUUUGUCUUUAAAACAACUUCUGAAUUCUACGAUUUCCAAGUGAAGAAUUUAACUUCAUUUACUCCGGAAAAUCUAGGUUACAAGUGGCAAAACCGGAUUUUCGGAUGGUCCCAAAUUUCAAAAAAUCUCGUUGUUUUCAAUCCAAACACUACGAAAUCCCAGAUUUUCAUUUUGGAUUUUUUGGAUACCUGGGAUUGUUCAACCUGUCAAAUUCUGAAAAUUCGAGAUAACGUGGCAAAUCUAGGGAUCAAUGACGUCAUCUAUUGUUGCUCAGAUUGUGUGGGCGGAGUUUAUCACUGCUCCGUGAGAGGAUUCCAAUUUGAGAUCCAAGAUCCACCAUGUGAGAUUCAAAUUCUGAACAACGACGAUUUGUACAUGAUGACGUGGCAGGCUAGCACAUGUACACUACAAACUACAAUGUUGAAUGGAACUGAUGGAUUUAUGCAAAUCGGAGAGACUUCGAAAUGCCCAAAUACCACAACGCCUACAAAACUGUUGAAUCCGAUUCAGAAUCUUGUGACGUCUUCUGAAUUUCUAACUGGAAGUUUGGAAAAUGGUCCCUCAUGGGUUUUGGAUACUGUAGUUAGUAGGAAGGGUGAUUUGGUACUUUUCGAUAUUUAUCAAAAUUUGACAAAUGUUGUGUACUACGGGAUGAGCGUUAAUGGAACCAAUGGUACGGAUACGGGAGCAAGGGUAAUUUCCACUCGUAUCGACGACGAUAUUGAACAUCAACUGAUCGCUGUGAUCUACCCUACCCAUUUUUACGUUACACGAAAAAAUCUACAAUCUGGAUGUGUUACAAUUUUGACGGACCCAGGAUACACCGAAUAUCGAUUUGGCGGCGUUUUUGGGGGCGGAGCUUGGAUUGGUGACGAGUUGAUGUUAUGGUUUUUGGAAAGGGGCGGAGUCAAUUAUGCCACGUUUCAAUUCAAAUUUCCCGAUGAUUAUUCAUGUCCCCAUCAGAAGCCAUUUGAUUGA